AUUAAGAUGUCCCAAUGUAAUAUCAGCUUGAAGAAGCAGAGGAGUCGAAGUAUCUUUAGCACCUUAUUCUGCUGCUUUCGUGACUACAAUGUCGAGCCACCAUCUACCAAUAGCACCAGUGCUCUGCCUCCUUUGGUGGAGGAGAAUGGAGGACUUCAGAAGGGUGACCAGAUGCAGGUCAUGCCUAUACCAAGUGGAAUAUACUAUUUCCACGGGACUGAAGCAGUGCAGCAGUCGUUUCACUACAAGCCACCAGCUAAAUACCUCCUGCCAGAACUGACAGCAUCAGACUACGGGAAGAAGUGUGUGGUCAUUGAUUUAGAUGAAACUUUAGUGCACAGUUCAUUUAAGCCAAUUAGCAACGCUGAUUUCAUCGUUCCUGUCGAAAUCGAUGGAACCAUACAUCAGGUUUAUGUUUUGAAACGACCACAUGUGGAUGAGUUUCUUCAGAGGAUGGGAGAGCUCUUUGAAUGUGUACUCUUCACAGCCAGUCUAGCCAAGUAUGCAGACCCAGUGGCCGACUUACUGGAUCGCUGGGGUGUGUUCAGGGCAAGGCUCUUUAGAGAAUCCUGUGUUUUCCACCGAGGAAAUUAUGUGAAGGAUCUGAGUCGACUGGGACGUGAGCUGAGUAAAGUUAUUAUAGUAGAUAAUUCUCCUGCAUCUUACAUCUUCCAUCCUGAAAAUGCAGUGCCUGUGCAGUCCUGGUUUGAUGACAUGACAGACACAGAGCUGCUAGAUCUUAUUCCUUUCUUUGAAGGACUAAGCAAAGAGGAAGAAGUUUACAGUAUGCUUCAUAAACUCUGCAACAGGUAGCCCUUAACUUUGACUGACUUCUGCUACUAGAUUGCAGUUGCUAGAGGCUGUCUCCAUCUUUUUCAGCUCUUUCAAAUGUAAGCUUUGGGGAGGUCACUCCUGUCAGAAGUGCUACUCUUGAUCUUCCUGUUACAUUGGACACGAAGGACAAUCAUGAGUGAUGCUCUUAAGCCUUCAGAAGCCUGACUCCUAAGGUCAUGUGUUCAGACUACUUUUUUAAAGGAAAAAAAAAAAAAAAAAAAAAAAAAAAAAAAAAGAAGCUAUUUUAAAUGGGACUCUUUUAAUUAAUUUCAUAAAUGGACAUCUUUUACUGGAUCAGCUUUUCUUAAAACAUGCCAAAAAAAAAAAAGAAGCUUGUAUUUCAGCAGUUGAAUUUCUCUCCCUUUCUUCCCCUCCCACUAUGCAGACAAUUUUACCCCCCUGCUUAGAGCAGUUGACCUGACUCUGAAUUUUUUCUUACAGAAUGAAGUGCCUUUUUGAAUGUUAUUUUAAAGAUAAAAAAAAAAAUUCAUUUUUGUAUAAGACGUAUUUCCAGACAUCUUUUAGUCUUGUAUUGUCUAAAUGCUUUAAAAAGGAAAAAGGAAAAAAAAUUUUAUAGAGCACUGUAAUAUAUAACAGAGGAAAAAAAAGUUGAAACCAGGAUGCUGGGUUCCUGUCUCCACAACGACAUUUAGGUUGCAUUACAUUUUGUCACGCUUGGAAGGUUCAGGCGUUCCGUGGGAGGGGUGAGUUGGGUUCAUUUACCUGGUUGUUCCACUGAUGAUGAUGAUGGUGAUGAUGAUUUUGGGCGCAGUUUGGAACAUAUCUGCAGUUGCUUGAGCGUUAGGGAAUGGUGGAACUGAGGAAACAAGGUGGCUGAUAGACCUGAAGCACCUCCUCUUGUAGACAGAUGAAGCUCUGUUGUCUCUGCUUACGCACAACUGCCAUUGCCUCUCGAUUUUUGGAUAACCGUUAUCUUGGGAGAGCGGGGAGGAGGAGAUCUAUUUAUUAGUUUAAGGUUCUUUUCUCAAAAAAAAACCCGUCUGGGUAAGCUGGAUCUGUGUUGAGCUGUUUGGAGUUCUUUUUUUUUCUUUUAAUUGCUGCUACUGUAUACUCACCAAAUGGAGUUUGACCAUCGGCUGUUAUACUGUUUUUGCCACUGUGCCUGUGCUAUGGAACAUUUUCUGUAAGCUGCAAACUUGGGCAAUAAAUAAAAUGCAGGCUUCAUAACCCACCCCCAUGGAUUAAUCCAAUGGUAUCUGAAAUACCAGAGAGCUCAGUUAAAGGUGACCUGUAAAGGAUAUAUUUUUUUUUUAAUUUUUUUCUUUUUUUCAAUUGGGAUGAAACCCUCUCCUUUCUUUGGUAUAUAAAAAUGCAAAAAAAGCAUUUUGCUCACAUCUCUGAUUUGUAUUUCUUUUUCUCCCAAGCUGUAAGGUACAGACUGGGAGGUGUAUCAAGCUUUGCUAGAAGGGCACAAGUUACUAGCCUAGACUAAAAUCUCUCCUCUGCCUUUGGAGUUGAGUUAGAUUGAUCUCCUGAGUUUGAGAACCUGCUUAGCAUCUUCUGCAGUGUCAGAGGUGCUUUUUCAAUUGAAUAACUUUUAAAUAUUUUAAGCCUUUGAAGGAAAAGGCACACCUUUUCUUUUUUUACUUUUUCACCCCCUUUCCAGUGUCACCUUUUAAUUAUCCUCCACCCCAGAAAUCUGCAAACAUAAAAAGUGCAGCUGCGUUUGGCUGUCAUCAGAGAAGACUAAAUGGACUAUUUGGUGCUUCUGAUUAGCCUCGUGCUAAAUUCUGAAUUGUAGAUCCCCCUUUGCCUUUUCUAUUUCUCUCAAAAGACUUGGGGGAAAAAAAAAAAAAAAAAAAAAAAAAAAAAAGACAAACCCAACUUUUUUUGGCGAUGGACUCGGCUCGUGAUCCUCGUCUAAAACCAUUGGUGAAGCAGCUUAACAACGUUCCCAGAAGGGCAGGCAGUGAGUAGGUUGUAGGUACAGUAUAAAAGUGAGCAGCUGUGCUCCAGCUGUGGCUGCUCCCAGGGGUGUUUGGAGGCAGCCCCGUCACACUCUGUGUGAGUCUGUACGGCAUCACCGUUUUGUUUCUUAACCAGCUGGCAUUACCUUAGUACUGUACAAUUCUGUGCCACAACAAAAGAUUAAACUGUCAAACCUAAAAUCUGGAAAAAACAACAACAAAAAAAAGCCUACUUUGUUUAAAAAAAAAAAAUAAAAAAAUGGAAAAGACAAAAAAAAAAAAAAAGAGAGACGUAUGGAUUCUGGUUAGUCCAUCAACGUUCACUUUUCGGUUUAAGAUUGUUUAAUUUUUUUGUAUUUGACUUUCAGAGUAAUGAAAACCGUUAAGCUGCCAAAAAAAAGAAAAAAAAAAAAACGAAGUUUGUUCUCUGAGCAGUAUUUUCAACUGCGUUUUGUGGCUUCUUCUGGGCUUCAGACGCAGUUUGCAGGGAAGUAUUCAGGUUGUAGUUAGUCGUGCAGGUAUGAGAGGAAUGGCUGAAAAAAAAAAAAACAAAAACAAAACUCAAAGACUUUUCUCGCAAGCGUUAGACCAAACAGACAAUAAAUAACCCACCGUGGUGACCUGUUGUACGUGAGACAAACCAUGGCAUCCGUUUGCAAUCUCUGAAAGCAGCGAUUUCAUGAACCAGUUGCCUUAAGUCUGUGAAUGAAUGUUGACUAUUAAAAAAAGUGUCUUGUAUUGUUCCAAAAAUCCACAUAGAAGGGGCAACUGAACUUCUGCACCAGCUUCUGGAGGAAGGGUUCUGAUGGUGUUCUGUACAGCCGUACUUGAACUGUAUUAUUUUGGCUCUUAAAACCCACAAAUUUAAAAAAUUUUAAAAAAAAAAACCAAAACCAACUUAUUAAAAUAAGUUAGUUUUAGUUCAGCAUUAAAAUAACAUUUUGUGACAAAGGCAAAAAACUUAGCCACAGCUUUGAUCUCUUAGUAUUAAGAGUAUUUUCUGUAAGAUUUCAGUAAUUUUUUUUUUUUUUAUUUUUUUAACCCACUUGGAGUGCUCUGCGAUCAAGUUUGGACUCCCCUGUGUUACUCAGAUUUGGCCAGAGGGAUCAAACUGUCCUAGCUGGUUAUUUUGACACUUAUCAUCGUACUUGAAAUUUCAAGUGUGGAGUUUGCGUGGAUAUAAAUACGCUCUAUAUUUAGUUUCUAGAUUGUAACAAAGCAAUAUAGUUCUGUCCAUAAAGUCAGAUAAUGGAAUGUCUGUAAAAUUUGCAAUACGGGUAUUUGAUUGUAUUUUAAAUACAAGAGUUUAAAAACUAAAAAUAGGGAAAAAAAAAAAUUACUUGUUUCCUAAAUCUCUUUGCAUAUUUUUUUGAAGUGCAGUUAGUGCAUACAGGUCACCGGGGCUGUUGUAAACCCUGGGUUUCAAUUUUAUUUCUGGAUAUUAUAGAAGUUACUAAAAAGUCUUUUUCCAGUUGGCCAUCCUGUUCAGCUGAAGAGAUGCUGCCUGGCCUGAAGUUCUGUUGUCCUUUUUAUGUCGGGUUAAAACCGGGUUUUUUUGCCUGUAUAGGUAUUUUUGAAUUAAGCUGUAAGGCGGGAUUGCCUUAGAUCCUAUAAAUUCAACUGAGGUGUUAACGAUUAAAUUGCCAUUUGUAAACUAGGGCUGUGCGCAGAGUCCUCGUUAACAACCGCCAGGAAGCGCGGCAGGCUCGGAAUGGGAGGUGGUAGCAAAUGUACAAUAUUGCUGUGUUCAUUUAGGUAGCUUUGGAAGAGUAAUUUGUCUCUUUGUUUCGCCCUUUGGACCUUCAUUAAACAGCGAAGUUCUAACAUGGAAGAAGCUCAACACCUGGAGACGUGUUUUGGUUGUCGGUGUACGCAAAUCACUUUCUUAACAGCAUGAUUUUGAUUAGACUGGUUGGGGACAAUAAAGUAUCUAAAUGACACCGGUGUGUGCUGAUGUUGCAGCUUUUGAAAUCUCAGUGUAUCCAAAAAGA